GGAGCCCACUGGUGACGUUUUGUCACGUGAUCAGGAGCAGCCGUCUGCAGAAGUCCCUCUCUCCCAGGUACCAGCAGCCGCCAGAUCCUUAUCUCCGUGGAGGAAGGCAGGCUUGAAACUGAGCGACAGGGGGGGGGGCAGCUGCCCUAUAGCCCGGCAGGUCUUCAGGUCUGUGGUCGUGGGCACCGAUCCAGCUAAGAAAAGGAAGGGCCUGCAAUAUCAGUGCAGGACAAGCGGCAAAGGAAAAUCGCAACAUGGAAAAGUUCUUCAAAGAAAUUGAAGGGAAGCCAGAAAACAAGGGACGGGCGGAAGAUGAAGGAAAUCCAGAAGAAGGAGGAAACGCAGACAAAGACAAGUCCCAUGCAGACGGGAAGCCUGCACGCCAGGGGAAGCUAGAGGAGGGAGGGCCAGGUGAGCAGGGACAACAGAAAAGUGAGGGGAAGCCAGAAAAUCAGGGAAAGUCUGAAGGGGAGGCCAAGCGCCAAGGGGAGGGCAAGCCAGCCAGCGAGGCGCGGGCCGCAGAAAAGCGCCCUGCUGAAGAUUACGUGCCACGGAAAGCCAAGCGAAAAACAGAUAGGAGCACAGAGGAUUCUCCCAAGAACCCCCAGGAGGACUUCCAGGACAGGCAUGUCAGCAGUGAGGAGAUGAUGAGAGAGUGUGCAGAUGUGGCGAGGGCGCAGGAAGAGCUGAGGAAGAGGCAGAGAAUGGGAGGUUUUCCCUGGUUGCCAAGAGAUGCUGCGCAGGAUGCUCUAGUCCCCCGGGGCCAACGGGGAGUCAGGGGAAUGAGGGGCGGAGGAGGCAGGGGCCAGAAGGACUUGGAAGACGCUCCCUUUGUUUAA